GUUGGUGCAUCAAUGAUGUUUAAACGGAACAUCUACCAGCAGAGAACUGCUCUUAAUUGGCGCUUCAAUCCGCUUGUCAGCCACAAUGUCGACUUUCGACGGUGUCAUCCAUGAGUUCCCGGAUAUAAGAAUCGACUUCUUUCGUGGUUUACAUCACCGGCCUCCGCUGGCUUGCUUCUUAAGCCAUGUACAUAGCGAUCAUCUCGCGGGGCUAGACAGGCUAAGGAGUCCUUUCGUCUAUUGUUCGGCUGCAACUAGGGAAAUUCUGCUUCGCCUCGAGAAGUAUCCCUGUCGAUUGAAUUACGCCAAAGGGAUCUUUGAGGAUCCUCGGAUGCAGACGUAUAAGCACCUUGCCAGAGUGCUGAAACCCAUCCCUCUCGACACUCCAACUGAGGUCGAGCUGGAGGCUGGCAAGAGCAUCCAAGUCACGCUCCUAGAUGCUAACCACUGUGCUGGUGCCGUCAUGUUCCUAAUUGAAGGUAAUGGAAAGGCCGUAUUAUACACCGGAGACAUCAGGAGCGAGCCCUGGUGGGUCAAUUCCAUUGCUAGAAACCCUAGCAUAAUCGAGUACUCAUCCAGACUAAAGACGCUCGACCGUAUCUAUCUUGAUACAUCAAUGCUGGAUGAUUUCCCUCUACAGACAAAGGCCGAAGGGCUGCGAGAACUUCUAGAGAAGAUAGCGCGCUACCCAAAAGAUACCUUUUUCUGUAUGCAAGCAUGGACUUACGGAUAUGAAGAAGUCUGGGUCGCCUUAUCAAAGGCUCUGAACUCGAAGAUACACGUCGAUAAGUAUAAGAUGGGGGUCUAUAGGUCUCUUGCGACGAAAUCUAAAGAUAACCGCUUCGCUGCGCAGACUCACUUGAUCAAAGAAGCUCCCUCUCUGGUGGGGUUCACCUGUGGUAACAAUCAGCGCGAAGGAUGCUUAACGUUAGACGAAAAUGUGCGAAUUCAUAGCUGUGAGAAGGGAACGAGCUGCGCCGUCAUGAAGAACAAACCGAUUGUCUGGAUUAAACCCAUCGUCGCGCAUCUUAAGGACGGGCGAGAUAUGGUUGAAGUGGGUAUUGGCGGGGGCGGUGACGACCUAGCACAAAAGCCAACUCUUGAGACCCAAGAUAUCCUAGCCUUGAUUGAAAUAAUAGGGCGGAAUGAUCAGUUGCUAGAUGAAAUAGGAACCGAAGUUAAGCGUGUCCUUACGAAAGCAUUCACCACUUCCAGAGACCUCGAAAUCGAUAUGGAUAUGUCCGACUUCGUAGAAAAGGAAUCUACUACGGAAAUAUUGAAGUCACUCGUCAAGAAAGUAAACGCAAUCCGCAACCCGGUAAAGAAAGUCGACGAGAACGAUCAGCCCAGCACGUUAUCCAAUCGAAUCGUCUUUUCGUAUGCGAGACAUUCUUCUCUCCCGGAACUUCGACAUUUUGUUGAGACUUUUAGACCCAAAGAUAUUUGGCCGUGCACGGUGGAUCCGGCCCACUGGAUGGAAAGGGGUAUUACGAUGCAAGGUCUCUUUGGGGACCUCUGCACUAGUGAUGUCUUCGAGCAUGACCGAUUAAUGGAAGACCAACUACAAGAGAUGCAGCGCCAGCUUCAAGAUGAAGACGGAGAGGGAAAGAGUCAACCGGAAACCCGCCCGAUGGCGGCACCGCUCUCCUCUAGUCCCAUUAUUCCACCCGCCGACGAUUCUGAACCCCACGAGUUCGAAGAGAAAGGAAAUGGGCAUGCGAGAGAAAUUAUUCAACCUUCCGUUUCUCCGCCGCAAAGUAGUAAACGCGAUUACAAUUCUUUCCAAAGCGACCAGCAAAUAAAUCUCAAGUCCUCGUUAUCGUCGGAAGGAGAAUCAAUCCUAGAAGACUCCCAGGCCUCCGCGCUAUCUAACCACGCCUACGAGACGAGACUGCGCGCCUUCCGAGCAGCACAGGCUAAUAUGGAGGGCGAUGGCCCCUGGAACAUCAUCCAUCUCAUAUCAACGACUGACAAUCACAGCACCAUUGAUCCAGAGUUAUGAGAUGUGUCAUUCUAACUGUGUACCAAUUUAUAGUGGGGGUUCCACUGCCUCGACGUCAAGGGUUAAUCGAUAAUCGAUACCUAGUAGUACCAGCAGCUUGUUUUUAUCUUGAGAUACCAAAGAACAAAAGAAUAGUAAAUGCUAUUGACGUAAUUCGA